CUCCAAGUGGCCAUAUUGAAAGCAGUGUGAGUCUGUCUGUGUCCGUGUGAUGUGGAGCAGGUCUGGAAGAAGACACAUCAUUCCUGCACACAGCCACUUCUGACGAUGGCGGCCAAUGAUGUGGAUGUGUUCGCUAAUGAAGAAAAGCGCAACCUGGAGCUUGGAGGUCAUGUGGGGUUUGACAGUCUUCCAGAUCAGCUGGUCAGCAAAUCAGUUGCCCAGGGUUUCUGCUUCAACAUCCUCUGUGUAGGUGAGACCGGAAUUGGCAAAUCCACAUUAAUGAACACACUUUUCAAUACAACAUUCGAAAAUGAAGAAGCCAGCCACUAUGAGAGUGAGGUGCAGCUACGACCCCAAACAUUUGAUCUGCAGGAGAGCAACGUCAACCUGAAGCUGACCGUGGUGCACACUGUUGGAUUUGGAGACCAGAUCAACAAAGAGGAUAGCUAUAAACCCAUUCUUGAGUACAUUGAUGCCCAGUUUGAAAAGUAUCUUGAGGAGGAGCUUAAAAUAAAACGCUCUCUGUAUAACUACCAUGAUACGAGAAUCCACAUCUGCCUGUACUUCAUUGCUCCUACUGGACAUUCCCUGAAGUCCCUGGAUCUCGUCACAAUGAAGAAACUGGACAGCAAGGUGAACAUCAUCCCUGUCAUCUCAAAAGCAGACACGGUAUCCAAGGGUGAACUAGACAAAUUAAAGAUCAAGAUUAUGAGUGAGCUGGUCAGCAAUGGAGUGCAGAUAUAUCAGUUUCCAACUGAGGAUGAGGCUGUUGCAGAGAUUAACUCUUCCAUGAAUAGUUAUCUUCCUUUUGCUGUGGUUGGAAGUGUAGACGACGUUAAAGUAGGCAAUAAGAUGGUGAAAGCAAGGCUGUACCCCUGGGAUCAGUACAGGGUGAUGGAGAAUGAAAAUCACUGCGAUUUUGUGAAGCUGAGAGAGAUGCUACUGCGUGUGAAUAUGGAGGAUCUCCGUGAGCAAACACAUGCCCGGCACUAUGAACUUUACCGUCGCUGCAAGCUGGAAGAGAUGGGCUUCAAGGACACAGACCCAGACAGCCAGUCGUUCAGCCUUCAGGAGACCUAUGAGGCCAAAAGGAAAGAAUUCCUUGUAGAGCUGCAGCGCAAAGAGGAAGAAAUGAGACAGAUGUUUGUCAACAAAGUAAAAGAGACAGAAGCAGAGCUGAAAGAAAAAGAAAAAGAGCUUCAUGACAGGUUUGAGCAGCUCAAACGGAUGCACCAGGAAGAGAAGAAGAACCUGGAGGAGAAAAGACGAGAACUGGAGGAGGAGAUGAAUGCGUUCAAUAGAAGAAAGGUUGCAGCAGAGACGCUGAUGGGCCAGGCUCUCCAAGGCUGCUCACAGCCUUUUAAGAAGGACAAAGACAAGAAGAACUUCUUUAGUCUCCCCUCUGCGUGCUCCUUAACCUCAGGAAGGAAUUUGAAUUAGAAGACUUUCUACCACGUCAAAAGAUCGCAGAUUAACAAUCAAGUGUAAAACGUGUAUUACUUUUUACAGUGUGAAUUAACAGUUUUAUAUAUAGAUGCACCAGCAUCCAUGGAAGUGAGUCAUCUGAAGUCUUCCAUGUCUGCUGAAUUCUCUUUAUGUAGCUCUUAAGCAGCUCUGUAGCAUGGUUUGUGCAUGGCUCUUAACCAUAUUUCUUAAAAGCCCACGUUGCCAAAACCUUAGUUUUUGUACUAACUGUGCUUCUGUCAUCUGCCAUGUUAUACUUUCUUUUGACUAAUGACAAAUUACACUGUGAUUUAUCAUCAUAAGAUGAUAUGAGAUGGCUGUUUUAGUUUAAACGGAUUGUACUUUCUUUUAUGAUUUAUAGUAAGCACUUUAAAAAUUAUAUUACAAAUCAUAUAUUUAUUGAUAUAAAAGGUACCGUAUCAUAUCAACAUAGUAGCUCUUAUUUUCUGUUCAAAAUACAGUUAUAUGUACUUCAUGAAGUCAGAAAAAAUAUAUAAGCUGAUGUUGUGAAUAAAAAGAAGAAAAAAAUAACCAUUAAUUCAAAAUUAAUUUCUGUCAUUGUCAGCAGAUCUAUAUGGGGAGUGUGUGGAGGCAUACUUUCAGAUUUGUAUAUUCUGCUGUAAUAAAGACUAACUCUAUUGAAAAUGUG